AGCAGACGCGGGGGAUCGGAGGUUUGCUCCGGGCAUUUCACGAUGCCCCGGAUCGUCACGGCCGGAGCUCGUGUAGGAAUAUAGGGAAGAACAGAUGCGAUGAGUCGAGAAGGAAGAUCGAGAUUGCGCUCGAUUUGGAGCAUUUCAGUGGUGGUGACGGUAAUGGAGGGUUUAAGAAUUUUGGGAAUGGAGGAGAUGGGGAUAGUAGUGACAACGAUGGUGGCAAGGAUCCAAAGGACUGGAUCAAGCUCUUGAGAUAUUUGUGUUGUGCGGCACUGGGGGUUUGCGUUCUCGUACACAGUAGUAAUGGCAGCAGUCAGCUCUAGGCUCUGACGCAUGAAGCUGGUAGAAUCAGUGACGAUGCUAUCUGGAAAGUGAAGGAUGGGAAAUGGACGAGAUAUAUCGUUGAUGAGGCUAGCAUGGCGCUGGUUGUGGACGUCACGAAGAUGAGCGAAGACGAAGCCAUGGCUUACGAGCAGGAGUGCCUGGAAAGAGAGAAGAACAGCAAAGGCAAAUCUUCUCCUUCAACUGACAAAGCUGGCGCCGUGAGCACGGGAAGAUCUCGCAAGCUGGGAGUUGACGAGAUUGUCAGCUGGUGUUUGGAUGCUCUCAAGACAACGAUGCUUCCCAUAGGAUACCCGAAGACUGUGAGUGAUGACUACACGGAGUACACUUUGUGGAGGAUGGGACAGAUCAUAGCGAGCCAAAUAAGUGGAGUCCUGACUACGCAGGCUUUGCUUUACGCAGUUGGACUAGGAAAAGGUGCCAUUCCCACGGCAGCCGCAAUCAAUUGGGUUCUCAAGGACGGCAUUGGAUACCUUAGUAAGAUCGUGCUCUCAAAGUAUGGUCGUCACUUCGACGUCCAUCCAAAGGGUUGGAGGUUAUUAUCGGACUUGAUUGAAGAUGGUGCAUGUGGUUUGGAGCUGCUUACUCCGACGUUUCCACAUCUCUUUGUUCCUCUUACCGCGGUUGCUGGAGCUGGGAAGUCCGCUGCUGGUUUGAUUCAGGCGGCAACAAGGAGCUGUUUCUACGCUGGUUUUGCAACUCAAAACAACUUUGCAGAGGUUAUUGCUAAAGGUGAAGCUCAAGGAAUGGUGAGCAAGUCGCUUGGAAUUGCUUUGGGCAUUGGAAUAUCGAGCAAAGUUGGAUCAUCCGGACCUUUGCUAGUACUAUCUUUUGGUACAGUGACAGCAGUGCAUGUUUUGUGCAACCUCAAGUCUUAUCAAGCCGUGCAGCUUCACACGUUGAAUCCUUACAGAACAGGCCUUAUCAUGGCAGAAUAUUUGACGACGCAGAGAAUUCCAUCCGUAAGAGACGUAAACUCCGUGGAGCCCAUUUUCACGGUCGCAGACUUUUUUUCCAGCAAGAAAGCACCGCUGUCUAUUUCGUGCGAAUCGAAAUGUGCCGCGGCUGACAUCGAGAAGAACUUAAAACUGGGAGUCAGUUUUGGCGAAGCAGUGGCUAGCAGAGGAGCUGCUCAAGCGUUGCUUGAUCUUUACAGUGGAGAGGAGUACCUCUUAACAUAUGACGACAGUCAUUGCUUUAAGGUCGUACUCAAGAAAUCGGCGUCGCCACAUGAUAUGUUGAGAGCCGUAGUACAAGCUUCAUACUUGAGACAUAUUCACAAUCAACAGAGCCUCUCUAAAGACGAGCUACUUAAACUUUCGUACCAGAGCAUGCAGCAAAGUUUCAACGAGCUGAUACAGGGGCUCCAAGCUGCCGGCUGGUCCACGAGCGGAUUGGUGGCAAGGCCUGGAUCAAACAGGCUUGGUUGAGGUACAUUGAAUCAGUUUUCCUGUGCUGCUGCACGUCUACGCCUUUGCUGCAGGCUUGGAUUUAGCGAAGUCGGAUUCAUGGUAAAUGUAUUAGAAUAUCCGCUUGCCUUUGUCAACAGCUUUUAUGUGUUCGGCCAGUUGCAAGGAAAAUACCUCUCAAGCAUCAAAAGGCCCUUUGGUUUAGCGGUACGGAGCUGAUGGUUUUUAUUGAUAGGCUUGCAAGGAGUCAUGGCGUUCGGGUUGGCUUUGCAGAGCAAGCGUGAUUUACCAACAAAAUCUAAUGGUGAGACGAUAUUCACCACUACAACAGCUAUUGUCGUUGUCAAGGUAUGUCUAUUUUGCGUUUUCCUACGUUCAGCAAUCCUCAUAUGGAGGCUCACAUCAACAAUGCUGGAAAAGCUGGAAGUCGUUGGGGAUUAUUAUCACUAUUUAGAUUGGAAUAAAGGGCCUCUUUUUGCACCGACAAUAAUUUGGAGCUUCAUAGCCCGACAAGCUCAAGAUAUCAAAUCUCGCAUUUCACAGCCUUGGACAAAAACUUCCUCAAGCCAAAGCCACGUUGACGAUGAGGACUUUGGUCUUUUUGACGCUGUGGAUCAGAAUGACUCUUCCGACAAUCACGCGGUAGAAAUCCAGAGAUCUCUCAUAUGACGAACAGAGAAUGAGGAUUGUCAUUCAGAGAACGGUAGAAGCACAAAAGCCAUAAAAGACACUGGACAAUUUAGAAGCUUUUAAAGAACGUGUAAUACCAAAUACCUUGUAACCAUUUCCUCUGUGAAGGGACGAAAAGUUUGAUGGAAA